ACUGCCAUAGAGAGUACAGAGUCCUCCUUCCUUGAGUUGACAGAGCGACCGCAGUUCGGAGGACCCCGGAAGCGGAACCGGUCGCGCUCUGUCGCGGUGUAUUGUGGUCUGGCGGCGUUACUGCGGGACAGAGAAGUGGCUGAAACUGCUGGUCCUCUGGGGUGGAGGAAGGUGUCAGUCCUUUCGCCCCGAGAGGCGAGGCAGCUACGUGACUCUUCCCGGCCUCAGAUGCUCUUGCCGUCUUCGAUAUGUCCUUCAACAAGAUCCCACCGCGGUGGCUGAACUGCCCGAGGCGCGGACAACCCGUAGCAGGAAAAUUUUUACCUCUGAAGACAAUGUUAGGAACAAAAUAUGAUGAUCAAGUUGCUGAAGAGUAUCGCUUCCAUCCCAGUAUGUUAUCCAACUACUUAAAGAGUCUGAAGGUUAAGAUGGGUCUGCUGAUAGACUUGACAAAUACCACUAGGUUCUAUGACAGGAAUGAUAUAGAGAAGGAUGGCAUCACGUAUAUAAAACUUCAGUGUAAAGGGCAUGGUGAAUGCCCUACCGCUGAUAACACAGAAACAUUCAUUCGUGUGUGUGAACAUUUUAGUAAUAAGAACCCAACAGAGCUUAUAGGUGUUCACUGUACACAUGGCUUCAACCGUACUGGUUUUCUUAUCUGUGCCUUUCUGGUUGAGAAAUUGGAUUGGAGUAUUGAAGCAGCUGUGGCUAUUUUUGCUCAAGCCAGGGCACCUGGUAUCUAUAAAGGUGAUUAUUUGAAAGAACUCUUCCGUCGUUAUGGUGAUGGAGUAGAUGCCCCAGUGCCUCCUCCGUUACCAGAGUGGUGCUUUGAUGAAGAUGAAGAUGAGGAUGAGGAUGAUAAUUGCAAAUCAGGAACCCCAGAAUCAGAAGCUGGGUCAUCAACUUCCUUUUCAGGCAAAAGAAGAAAAGAACACUUAAAGCUGGGUGCAGUGUUCUUGGAAGGAAUAUCAGUUAAGCAUGUAACCCAAGUAACAACUCAGCCAAAAUUAGGAGAAAUACAACAGAAAUGCCAGCAGUUCUGUGGUUGGAAAGGGACUGGAUUCCCUGGGGCACAACCUGUUUCUAUGGAUGAGCAAAAUAUUAAACUCUUAGAGCAGAAGCCAUACAAAGUAAGCUGGAAAGCAGAUGGAACUCGGUAUAUGAUGUUGAUCGAUGGUAAGAAUGAAGUCUAUAUGAUUGACAGAGAUAACUCAGUGUUUCAGGUAUCUCAUCUGGAAUUUCCAUUUCGUAAAGAUCCACGAGUACACUUAGAAAAUACUCUGAUGGAUGGGGAAAUGAUCAUCGACAGGGUAAAUGGCCAGGUUGUUCCUCGGUACUUGAUAUAUGACAUAAUUAAAUUCAAUGGGCAACCAGUUGGGGAAUGUGAUUUUAAUGUUCGUCUAGCAUGUAUAGAAAAAGAGAUUAUAUUCCCACGACAUGACAAAAUGAAGAGUGGACAAAUUGACAAAGCAAAAGAACCUUUUAGUGUUCGUAACAAACCAUUUUUUGACAUCCACAUCGCAAAAAAGCUUCUUGAGGGAAAUUUUGCUAGAGAAGUGAGUCAUGAAGUGGAUGGACUAAUUUUUCAGCCUAUAGGAAAAUACAAGCCUGGACGAUGUGAUGACAUUUUGAAAUGGAAGCCACCCAGUCUGAAUUCAGUGGAUUUUCGCCUAAAAAUAACAAGAGUUGGUGGAGAAGGGCUUCUCCCACAGAGUGUUGGACUGCUUUAUGUUGGAAGUUUAGAUAGACCUUUUGCACAAAUUAAGUUAACAAAAGAUUUGAAACAGUAUGACAAUAAGAUUAUAGAAUGCAAAUUUGAGAACAACAGCUGGGUCUUCAUGAGACAAAGGAUAGACAAAAGCUUUCCAAAUGCUUACAACACUGCCAUGGCUGUGUGUAAUAGCAUACGGCAUCCAGUGACAAAGGAAAUCCUCUUUGACUUCAUUGAAAAGUGUACAGCAGCAGCUCCAGGACAGAAGCGUCAACAUCACCUGGAUCCUGACACUGAACUCAUGCCGCCGCCACCUCCUAAAAGACCACGGCCCUAACUUAGAGACCAAGAGAAUACCAUGUUGUUUACACUUCUUCAGAAUGGUGUGUGUGGGAUUAAAACUUUUGCAAAAAAAGUUAUUGUAAACAUCCUGUAAAUAUUUAUGUGCAUUUUUUUUGGAAUGCCACAUCAUGGACUCAGAUUUGUUUUGUACUUGAUAAGUUGAAUAUUGCUUGGUGGAAAUUGAGAACAGAUUUAACCCAAAGGGUUAGAUUUAAAAAUUGUAGAAUCAAUGGAAAGCCACCUUGUUUGAUAGGUACCUUUCAAAUCUAAUGUUUUCUACUAGUAAUCUAGAACUGUGAAGCCAUGACAAAGCUGCCCUUUUUUUGCAAGUGGUGUUGCAAAGAGUGCGAUGUUCCCUUUAACCAAUUAAGAUGUGUUGCUUUGUUUAAUUUAGCAUAGUUAUAUUAUGUUUCUUAGGCUCAUGUUUAAAGACAAAUAGAAGCAAAUGUUCAUGAAGCGUACUCGCUAAAAUAAAAGUUUAUCAGGUUUCACAAUUUAAAAAAAUAUAUAUUAAAGAAGUUAUACAAGUUAUGUGUAAAUGUCCUUUUGGAUGGGCAUUGGUUUUGGGGUUUUUGUUUUGUUUUUUAGUUUGAACAAAUUCAUCUGUUAAAGCUGUUUUUAAUCUCACAUUUUAGGUUUGUUUGCACUGGUAGACACAAUCAAUCCUUGUUAUGAAAAGCAAAGCAUAGUUUUUGUAUAAAGAGCUGAUUAUGUAAAAAAUAUGUACAUCGUGUUGAUGUACAAGAACACUACCCAUGUUAAUGACACUGCAAUAAUUCCAUGGAAAUGAUGGGGAGAAAUUCCAGGAGAUAUUUUGGAUGAUAAAUAAAAGUAAAUGUAGUUUCCCUUCUAGGGAGAUUGCCUGUUAUAAACAUUAAUAGAAAAGAUAUACUUCUGUGGGUGAAAGUAACAUUGUGAAGCCCCAUACAUUAUAUUUUUAAAGCAAGAGCCAUGUUAGAUAACUGUCAAGAGCAGCCUUCACCCAACCUGGUGCCUUCCAGAUGUUUUGAACUACAACUUCCAUCACCUCCAGUUAGCACAAUUACUAAGGCUGAUGGGAGUUAUAGUUCAAUAUAACUAGAGGGUACCAGGCUGGGUGAAGGCUGGACAAGAGUAUUCUCAACUAGUGAUUGUAGUUUUGUUUCAUUCAUAUAUUUAUUUUAAACAACAACUCUCCUGACUUUUGCUGGGAUACAGCAAAUUAUUAGUUAUUCAUUCCCUGCUGAGAAGCUGCAUUAUGCAAACACUGAGCAAUUAGUAGACGUUUAAAAUGUAGAAACUGAUGUAAUCAUAAAUUUUCACAAGUUGACUAUAAGUCAGCUAGUAUUUUGAUUGUUUUAUAUGCAUUGAUAAGUAUAAGUCCCUUAACAAUUUAGCUAGGCACUGAUCUGAGGAAACUAUUUGCUAUAUGAUGAUAACCAAAUGGUGUUUAUAUUAGGAAAUAUUUAAUAUUCAUAUUUUAAAUGUUUUAAUAUUUUUCCUAGUUUUUAUACAUGCUUUUUAUGCUUUGUUCAGUAGCCAUUUUAAAGUCUGUCUAU